AUGAGUGGACACAAUGGAAUUAGUGGGGAUACCAUGGAGUGGACUGAAGAUUGUGUGAAGUUUUUCUUAGACCUUUUAGCAGAGAAAGUUAAGAAAGACCCAAAUUCAACACCGACUUUGAAAAUGACCAAUUGGAAGGAAUUGGAUGACAAAAUUUUAGUUAAGUUUGCAUUGAGUUAUGGUCCUGAAAAGUUGAAAGCCAAAUACCAUCGGUUAAAAGCUAUUCAUACUAAAUUCACUGAACUAAUAAAUAGGACGGGUGUCACUUGGGACUCUCAAACGGGUCAUGUGUUUGCUCCCGACGAUGUAUGGAAGGUCUUUAUUCAGCAAAACAAAGCCUUUGCAAGUAUUAAUAAAAAGGGUUGCAAGAUAUAUCCGUUAUUGAGUAUGGUCUUUAGCAAAUCAACUGCUUCGGGUACUUUUCAUAAUGCUUCGACCACUGCUCCUCUAACUUCACCACAAGAACAUAGACUUGAGGAAGAAUAUCUAGCUGAUGUCGAGGUUGGUGAUUCUGAGGGUGGUUCCAGUAGUAGUAAAAAACAUAAGAUGGACUUGGAUAUGGAUUUUGGGGGUCAACCGGGUAGGCGAAGAGCAGGACGAAAUUCUGAGAAAGAUAGAAUGGACAGUUUCAUGGAUUUAUGGUCUGAAUCUGUGGCGGCUAGGAAAGAGAAAAAUUUAGCAAAAGCCGCGAAAUAUAGAGCUAACCCUAAUGAAGCUACAAGUUCUAUGAGAGAGGAGUCCACUAUUGAUGAUUGCAUGAAUGCCCUUAAUGCAAUACCUUCUGUUAGCAGAUCCUCUUAUAACAAAGCACUCGAUUACUUCUAUGAUGUUACUUGGAGGAGGAUGUUUAUGUUAAUGCCCGAUGAUAGGAAGAAGGAUUGGCUUGAUGAUUUAGAUAACUAA